AUGGGGAAAUCAUCAGGUGCGGCUCCAGGCAGCAGAGACUGGACCCAGAUCUACGCCAUCUAUGGCCUCGACCAGUGGCAGACCAUUCUCUUCCUUCUCUUCCACGCUGUGCUAUUUACCAUUUUGUCUCUCCUCUACCUCACUUACUUCGACUUCAUCACUCUCUUCUUCCACCGCCUCCUCCCCAUCGGCUCGGCCCGGUUCGCCGCCGGCUUCACCGGCUCUGUCACGGCCCUCUCCGCCCUCUGCCUCUUCUUCGCCUCCGCUCACUUCCUCCACUCCUCCCUCCCCCUCCACUACGACGUCGUCCAGCGCAUGGUCAACUCGGUCAACGACUGGUCAACGGUCAAGCACGCCCUCGACCUCGGCUGCGGCCGCGGCAUACUGUUAAACGCGGUGGCGACCCAGAUGAAAAAAGAAGGUAGUUCAGGUCGGGUCGUGGGCCUGGACCGGUCCAAGAUGACGAGUCUUUCGUCGACUUUACGGACGGCAAAGAUCGAAGGGGUUGGGGAGUACGUGACUUGCCGUGAGGGCGACCCCAGGAGAUUGCCGUUUGGGGAUGGGUACUUCGACGUGGUGGUAUCGGCUGUGUUCGUGCACACCGUAGGUAAGGAGUACGGCCAUCGGACGGUGGAGGCGUCGGCGGAGCGGAUGAGGGUGGUCGGUGAGAUGGUGAGGGUUCUGAAGCCCGGUGGGGUCGGGGUGGUGUGGGACAUACUGCACGUGCCGGAGUACGUGAGGAGGCUCCAGGAGCUGAAGAUGGAGGACAUUCGCGUCUCGGAGCGGGUCACGGCGUUUAUGGUGAGCAGCCACAUCGUGUCGUUUCGCAAGCCCAGUCAGCACGUAGUCGGACCGGGCGAGGUCCGGCUUGACUGGAGAUGCUGA